UUGAUGAGAUAUUUUCAGAAGCUUAUUGAUUUCUUGGUUUAUAGAAGCAACAGCAGCCUACUGAAAUCCACUCAUUGUAUACGUUAAAACAAUAAUAGUCGAAGCAAAUCUUGCUCAAAGCAUUAGACCCAAAGCAAUCGUGAAACUCUUCACUAUAUUCUGCUAGCAAAGGAUCAAUUCUAAAUGGCCCACAUACAGAUUUGGUUUUGGUUUCCAGCCAAGGACUGAUCAUCUGCAAAGAAUCUGUUUCCUUUCCACUAUACAAGCCGCCAUGCAAUCGGAAAUUAAUCUGACAGUUAGUGAUGAGAUACAUCAUAUUGAUGAUUACCCAUCAAGUUUUCAAGCAUUUCUUACUGGAUUUUUGAUACUGGAAAUUGUGUUGGGACUCAGCAGCAAUUUGACAGUACUGGGACUUUACUGUAUGAAGUCAAACCUUAUUAAUUCAGUCAGUAAUAUUAUCACUAUGAACUUGCAUAUACUGGAUGCUGUAAUAUGUGUUGGAUGCAUUCCCCUUACAGUAAUUGUCACUCUCCUUUCAUUAGAGGAAAGAGCUUUGAUCUGUAAUUUUCAUGAAGCUUGCAUUUCUUUUACUAGUGUAGCAACAUCAGCAAAUGUCCUUGCAAUCACUUUGGAUCGUUACGAUAUUUCUGUGAAGCCAGCAAAUCGGAUUUUGACAAUGGGAAGAGCAAUAACAUUAUUAACAACAGUAUGGAUUGCAUCCUUUUCUGCAUUUACGAUCCCUUUCAUUGAAGUCAAUUUCUUUAAUCUACACAAUGAUGAAAGCACCUGGCAAAAUAAAACAAUCUUAUGUUUUAGUGUUAAUGAAUAUCGCAAUGACUUGGGAAUAUAUUACCAUCUCUUAAUUCAGAUUCCCAUCUUUUCUUUCACUGCUAUUGCAAUGUUGAUAACCUACAGCAAAAUUCUCCAAGCCUUGAACAUCAAAAUAGGUUCCAGAUUUUCAACCAGGCAGAACAAAAGAAAAAGAAAGACAAAUAUUCCACUAAGUAUACAACAUGAAAAUACUGAUCAAUCAGAAAAUAGAAGACAUAACAUCAAACUAGGAGUAAGAACUUCAGUUUCUGUAAUAAUCGCUCUAAGAAGAGUUGUCAAGCAGCAUCGAGAAAGGCGGGAAAGACAAAAAAGGGUUUUCCGCAUGUCUCUUUUAAUUAUUUCAACGUUUCUCAUUUGUUGGACACCACUGUCAAUUUUAAAUACUGUUAUAAUAUGUAAAGGUUUAAGUGAGGGCAUGGUAAAAUUAAGACUCUGCUUUCUAAUUCUUGCUUAUGGCACAACUAUAUUCCAUCCUUUACUAUAUGCAUUUGCACGACAGAAAUUCCAAAAAGUCCUCAGGAGUAAAAUGAAGAAGAGAGUGGUCUCAGUUGUUGAGGCUGAUCCAUUCCCUAAAGAUGCAGCAAUUCACAACUCCUAGCUAGACCACAAGAAAAACAAUAAAAAUACCCUCCUUCAGAUAUUAAAAAUAACAAGUAUGAACCAACAACUUUUGAUCAGAAUAUGAAAACAAGCUGUUUUAGUUGGAAAGAUCUGUAAAAUGGUUAAUAGUAUAUAUAUCUCGACCCAUAAUUAAAAUACCAAGGUUAUUUGAAAAUCAAAUAAUAUUCCUGACUUGUAAAUAUCACUUAAUUAUAAUUGUGCAUCAUGUAACUAGUACAAAUGUUGUAAAGCUGAUUAUUCCAGUCAACUUAUUUCACCUGUCGCUUCAUACCAUUAUGAAUUAAA